AUCAACACUUCACCAAAGCACGAGACCUAACCAAUAUCUCUUCGUGUCUGUACGUGUGCUCCUGGCUUUUGUUUACACUCUGCAUGUGUGACACGGGACAGUGUGUGAACACAGUUGAGCACAAGAUUUGGCGGCUUUGUAAAGUUUUUCUGACAGCUCUAUCGCGGGUCUGUAGACCACCCUCCCCUCGCUCCCCUGUGUAUCGUAUCGCAGGAAGUCCCUCACAUCCUCUCCUCCUGCGUCGUGUGUGUGUGUAUUUGUGUGUUUCUGUGUGGGUAUAUUAUGAAGAUCUCAUCAUAGAGAGCCGGGCAUCAUGAGGAUCUCCCGGCGUAUGGAGAACUGGUGCCUCAUGUGCGGACUGCGCGCUUUUGUGCUGCUGAUAGUGGGACUGACAGCUGGCGUCUCCACUCAUCACUCACCCGACGGGAGGCAACUAAAAAGUGUGCUCGACAAACUGAAACACUACCACACCAUGGCACCGCUACUGCUGGAAGGAACAGAGCAGCGCCCAAUCAGCUGGCUCCGCUCCAGGACACCUCCUGUUUUGCUGCGCAUCCUAAUCCUUGCAGAAGGACAACAGCUGAUUUUAUCUGUGGAGAAGAACCACGGCCUGUUCGCCAGUCAUUAUACUGAGACAUAUUACAGAGAAGAUGGACAAACUGUUAAGAGCACUCACAACUCUACGAUUAAUUGCUAUUACCAUGGUGAAGUCCAAGGAUACGCCCACUCUGAUGUCAGCCUUAGCACAUGCUCUGGUAUCAGAGGGUUUAUCUUACUUGAAAAUAAAACACUGAUGGUGGAGCCAGCUUUUGAGCCAGUAAACGACACCCAUGUGAUUUAUGAAGGACAUCACCUACACUUCCCCUCCGGAACCUGUGGACACGGACACAACAUAUCGACUGUCAGCCAUACAAGCGCUGGAGGACUGCCACAAUCAUUCAGCAGGAGGCAUAAACGGGAUGUUCAGAAGACCACCAAAUAUGUGGAGCUCAUUAUUGUAGCAGACAACAGAGAGUUCCAGAAACAAGGAAAAGAUGUGGAGAAGGUUAAGCAAAGACUUGCUGAGAUCGCCAAUUACGUGGACAAGUUUUACAGAGUACUUAACAUUCGUGUAGCUCUGGUGGGACUGGAGGUGUGGAGUGAUGCCGAUAAGUGUGCAGUUACCCAAGACCCAUUCACAACCUUGCAUGAGUUUUUGGACUGGAGAAAACUUAAACUGCUGCCACAGCGGCCACAUGAUAACGCCCAACUUAUUAGUGGGGUGUACUUCCAGGGCACCACAAUAGGCAUGGCUCCCAUCAUGAGUAUGUGUACCGCUGAGCAGUCAGGAGGCAUUGUCAUGGAUCAUUCGGACAAUCCUCUGGGAGCUGCUGUGACCUUGGCCCAUGAGUUGGGCCAUAACUUUGGAAUGAACCACGACACACCAGAGCGAGGAUGCGGCUGUAGGAUGACUGUAGAUCGUGGCGGGUGCAUCAUGACCCCCUCUACAGGGUACCCAUUCCCCACGGUGUUCAGUACGUGUAGUAAGAAGGAUCUGGUGGCUAGUCUGGAGAAGGGAGUGGGCAUGUGUUUGUAUAAUAUGCCUGAAGUCAAAAUGCUCUACGGGGGACAGAAAUGUGGCAACGGAUACAUUGAGGAAGGAGAGGAGUGUGACUGUGGAGAGCUGGAGGAGUGUCUGAACCCCUGCUGUAAUGCUACAACCUGCACUCUCAAGGGAGAUGCUGUCUGUGCCCAUGGACAGUGUUGUGAAGACUGCCAGUUAAAACCAGCUGGGACUCCUUGUAGAGAGUCCAGUAACUCCUGUGACUUACCUGAGUUCUGCACCGGUACCAACCCCCACUGCCCUGCCAAUGUGUACCUGCACGACGGGCAUGCAUGCCACAAUAUGGAUGGUUACUGCUACAAUGGCAUCUGUCAGACUCAUGAGCAGCAGUGCAUCACUCUGUGGGGUCCAGGAGCGAAACCUGCCCCGGGAAUCUGUUUUGAAAGAGUAAACUCUGCAGGUGAUCCCUAUGGAAAUUGUGGAAAAGACUCCAAAGGCUCCUUUGCUAAAUGUGAAGCAAGGGAUGCUAGGUGUGGGAAGAUUCAGUGUCAAGGAGGUGCCAACAGGCCAGUGAUCGGAACCAAUGCAGUUUCCAUAGAGACAAACAUACCUCUGCACGAGGGCGGGCGUAUUCUGUGCCGUGGAACACACGUUUACCUGGGUGACGAUAUGCCUGAUCCGGGACUGGUAUUGGCAGGCACUAAGUGUGCUGAAGGAAUGAUCUGUUUGAACAGGCAGUGUCAGAAUGUCAGUGCGUUUGGAGUGCACAAGUGCUCUGGGAAGUGUAAUGGAAGAGGGGAAUGCAACAACAAGAAGAACUGCCAUUGUGAAGCUCACUGGGCACCUCCUUUCUGUGAUAGGACGGGCUUUGGUGGAAGCAUGGACAGUGGGCCAAUGAGACAAGCCGAUGUGCGAGUGUGUGUAUUAAUGUGCGUGCUGUCCUAUGUGACAACAGCUGACAGCAGCGCUCUGGCCGUGGGCGCGCUGGUCACCCUCCUUUGCUUGCUGUCGGCGGGACUGAUUGUGUGCCUGAAGAGGAAAGCGCUGGUUCAGAUGCUCUGCGUCAAUAAGAAGAGCGCCAUUCAAAAGCUAAGAUCAGUUGGGCGAAAGCGAGCGCCCAGCCCCCCACAGACACAGUCAGUCUUCAGGGUCUCACCGCAGCACAAGACCCCCUCUUUACCUUUACACUCCCGGUGUGACAAGACAUCCCAUCCCUGUUCGGAGCCUCUCCUCCCUCCACAUAACUUCCACAGUUUGCGUCGGCUGCCUCAAUGUCCCACCCGCUGCCAGCCCAUCCACAUCAGCCACCCCAUGCCCAUCACACUGGGCAUCAGCAUGGGCUCAGGUCUGCAGCCUUUGCCCUCUAUCCCGCCUCAUAGGACUCUGGUCUCACACACACACUCGCCGGGCAGAGCGGCAGGCUUCCACACACUCCCACGCCAGCUUCCCUACACAAAAAACCAGGCAAGUGCUGUCAGACACAGACUGUCACCAUGUACUAACUGGUAUAAGUGUGAAUGCUAGUGUGGUUUUGAAAUAUUAAUGCCAGUAUUAAAACUCUAUUCUGUUUUGUAUAAAAUAGAUAAAAAUAGACACAAACUAAAAAGUACUUGAUUUUUAAUGUACUUAAGCGUUAAAAGUAAAGGUAACACUUUAUUUUAAGGUGACAGUUACACGUUACUACA